CUCUCUCUCUCUCUCUCUCUCUCUCUCUCUCUCUCUCUCUCUUGUGGCUGCGUUAGCUGCUGACAUCUGGACUGAAUGUCAGCUUUAGUCACAGAAAGAUUGAAGAGGGCGUGUCGCGUACAAGACCAGAACCUCGCCCCAGGAGGGUUGAUAUUACCUUCUGUUGGGGGUUGAUAUUACCUUCUGUUGGUGGUUCACCGCUCCUCUCCCUUUCUUGACUGCGUUAGUGUGGACAGCCUGAUGGACUCCAGCCGUGGGGCGGCCACUGCAACUGAGCUCUAAACAUUCUCCUGGAAACGCUGUCUGGAACGGUAGAACUUUCAGACCUUUCGGAACUUUCUGAAGAUUAAGACCUUGAUUAGUCUGAAGUGUCCCGGAAAGUCCCAGAGGUUCUACUGUUGGAACAUUCCAGAACAUAGCAGGUAGGACUCCGACCCUCAGACUGAAAGAUGGAGUACAGUGGGCGGGGCCUAAACAAAGCUGAUAAGAUGAAUACAACGUGUGUUCCGAUUGAUGAGAGCGUCAUCAGCAACUUCCUGAUGGGCGUCUACAUUGUAGCCUUCAUCUUGGGCUUGACCUUUAACCUCCUGACCCUGGGCCCCAUCAUCCAGCAGGUGCGCAGCCACAAUGUUCUGGGAGUGUUCCUCCUCAACCUCCUCCUGUCCGACCUGCUCUACAUCCUCACCAUGCCACUUUGGGUCAACUACUACCACAACUACCACCGCUGGGGCCUGGGGCCGGCCUCCUGCAGUGUGGCUGGCUUCAUCUACUACUCAAACAUGUACAUCAGCAUCUUCCUGCUGUGCUGCAUCUCCUUGGACCGCUGUCUGGCCGUGACCAGGCCCCUGAGGUCCAGGGCGAUCCGCAGCUCCCGCAACGCCUGGCUGCUGUGCACGGCCGUGGUGCUGACCAUCACGGCCCUGCAUGUCCUGGUGCUGAUCAAGGUCAACGUGACGGACGCCCACGACAAGGUCAACGGCAACGACCGCUGCUACGAGACUUACCCCAUGCCCGAGCCGGUGGCUCGCUUCAACCUGGCGAGGGUGGGUGUAGGGUUCCUGCUCCCCCUGCUGGUCCUGGGAGGCAGCUACUCGAUGGUGGUGGGGGCAGUGGGCCAGAGCCGCGGCCUCAGUCCCAAAGCCAAGCGGAAGGUCCGCCUCCUGUCGUUCGGCGUGAUCGGCAUCUUCUCCGUGUGCUUUGCGCCCUACCACAUCCUGCUGCUGGCGCGCUCGCUGGUCUUCUACCUCAAGGACAACCUGGAGGACUACUGCCAGUUUGAGAGGGCCACUCACUUCCCCUUCUCCUGCUUGCUGGCCCUGUCCACCCUCAACAGCGUGUUGGACCCUGUGCUGUACGUGUUGGUCAGCAACGUCAAGGAGGAUUUCCGACUCUGCUGGGGGUGGACGGAGUGGAGGAUGUCGAGGAGGAGGUUGGGGGGUGGCGGAGGUGGCGGCCAGGCGGGCACGUUUGGGAGGAUGGAGGUUGAGACGGAGGGCAAGGGGGAGGAAAGAGGGCAGGGUUCUUCUGCAACUGCCACCAGUCAGAGGACGCAGACAUACUCGAUCUGAGGACUGGUGUGUGUGUGUGUGUGUGCGCUCGUGCGUGUGUGGGGGUGGGCGUGUGUGUGUCCUUCCUUGUGUUCGAAGUCCUCAAUUACAUGGUGUUCAUAUCCACUUGCUGGCUGAGGUGAUGUGAUAGCCAUCGAUCCAGAGAGAGGAGAACACACUGUCUCCUGCCUUUGUGUUCCUCUUCUCAUAUCCUGCUCGGCUCAAGAGGCUUCAUGAGCCUCAUGAAUACUCGUCCUCUGAGGCCUUCAAUUCAAGUGUGUUUUCGACUGAGCGUUUGUGCUGAAGAGAGAGAGAGAGAGAGAGAGAGAGAGAGAGAGAGAGAGAGAGAGAGAGAGAGAGAGAGAGAGAGAGA